AUGGAAAAUUCACUAGAGCUUUGGGAUGCUUUACAGCAUAGAUAUGAUCACCAGAAAACGGUGUUACUUCCAAAAGCUAGAAAUGACUGGAAGAAUCUAAGAUUCAUGGAUUAUAAGUCAGUGCAUGAGUACAAUUCGGUCUUGUUUAAGACUGUCUCAAUGUUGAGACUUUGUGGUGAAGUAGUAACCGAAGAAGAGUUGCUCGAGAAAACAUUCUCUACGUUUCAUUCCUCAAACAUAAUCCUGCAGCAGCAGUACCGAAAGAAAGGCUUCGCCACAUACACUGAUCUGAUCUCGUCCCUGCUCCUGGCCGAGGCAAACAAUGAGCUCCUGAUGAAGAACAGUGAAGCUAGACCUGCCGGAUCUGCCCCAUUACCAGAGGCAAAUGAAGUUGAAAAGAAAAAUCCCAACGAGUACAAUUACAUCCAGAAUGAUAAGAGAUCACACGGCAGAGGCCGUGGUGGAUACAUGAACCGUGACAAUUACUCGAACGGUCGAGAUAGACACUUGGCCGGUCGGAAAGGAAACCACAAUAACCGUGGUCGUGGUUCCAAUCCCGGCUGUGGCCGAGGUGGUUAUGGACGAGGUCGAGGCGAGAGUCUUAAGGACAAGAACCCGGAGGCUCAUAUGGUCCAUGAUUCCGGUUAUGAGGCUGAUAAAGAAUCUGAUGUUGCAAAUGACGACCUUAUGGAUUUUGAGACUUCUGAUUGUCUCAAAGACUAA